ACGAAUACGAGAGCCUUCAUCAGUCCGAAAGGAGCCUUUUUUUCCUGGGCGUUGCACCAUUCGGCGGCGCAUUCCAAGACGGAGAUGAUUAUUCGGAGGUCAUUCUCAAAUACGUUAUGAGCAAUCUUGUUCCGGACGCAGUGCUAUACCGGUCCACUCGAACAGACUUCGAUGAGCAAUCCGACUGUGUUUAUGCUGCACCAUCAAUGUGGUCUAGACUUGGAGACGGGGACACACAGAUGUCAUUUGAAGGGGCGUUAUUGCUGCGUAGUUUGAACACCUGGCCCUCCAGUGUCGUACAAAUGAUGUCCUUCUCUCCGGCGAUGGCCCACGUCAUGGAGUUUGGCGAAUUCCAGUAUGGUGACCCCUGUGGCCACUUUCUUUUAAAGCCAGCUAGUUUCAAAUGUGAUCCGGAGAAUGUAGUUCGCAACGCUUCCUGGAGGACGUCACCAGACGGAAUGGACGUCUACCGCGUAGCGUUGGAAGACGAAGAUAACCAGACGUUCGUUGCAUAUGAUACUCCAGAGUCUAUGAAGAGAAAGAUGUGCAACCUCACCCUGGAGCACAACUUCACUGGCGGAUGGACUAUGCUACACAUGGAGUUCUCUGUCGUAGACGGAAAAGGCUGUGGUGACCUCAACUAUACAGGAAACUACCAGACAGUUCAACUAUUACGUGAUCUCAUGAAACUCAACUUUACGGGGAAAGACUGCCCAUGAAAGUUAUACCAACUAAUAUGCUUACUUGA